AGACCAGGGCUCAAACCCGUGUCCCCUGCACUGGCAGGCAGAUUCUUAACCACAGUGCCGCCAUGGAAGUCCUCCACCGCUUUUUCUGUUGUGUGAUCUUGGCCAAAUCACUUCACCUCUCCAUGCUUUGUUUUCCUCAUUUACAAAAUGGAGACAAUACUAAUACUUCCCUUUUUGGUUGCUCUCAGGGCUGGAAUUAGGGUGACACCUCAGGUGCAAAAUUUUAGAGGAGGCCCUGAGAAGCUCAGUAGUCAAGAUAAAGAAUAGCUUCAUGCAUUACUUUUGAAAAAUCAAAAUUAAUGCAAAAACAAUCCAUGGUGAACAAAAUAUAAAGAUAUUAAAUAGAAUGAAACCCUGACCUUGCGUAUCCUGACCCUACUCCCUUCACUCCUGAUACCAGCCCUCGUGCCAACAAAACUUUAUUUACAACAUCAAGCAGCCAGUCCACAGGCUGUAUUUGGACGAUUUUUCUUUGUAUUAAAAUAUUAUUUUUGAAUGUUGAAUAUAUUUUUAUCUUGAUAACUGAAGUUCGGGGCACCCCUUAAAUUUUGCACCAGAGUGCCUCACUUGCCUGACCGUAAGUCCUAGACUUGAAGUUUAUGUAUAAAGAGCACAAAACAGCAUAAGUUUUAUAAAGCAGAUAAGCACCCAGUAAGUGUUAGCUUAUCAUUAUAACCUUUACUUCGAAAUUUUUGCGCAAUGCUGGCUAUCAUCGACCGUCGUGGGUAGUGGUCACUUUAACUCUUUGCCACGUUGUAUCCCGUGAGCCAUUCCGCCCUCCGGCCCCACUGUAUCCCAUCGUGCCCUGCGUUUUUCGUCUGCGGCCUCCGACAGCCCCGCCUCUUCCGGUGCAUGACUGAUCAUGGCGCAGGGGCAGCGCAAGUUCCAGGCGCGGAAACCAGCGAAGCGCAAGACAGCGGCGACAGCCUCGGAGCGGAACCGGGGCCCGAGGAAGGGCGGUCUCGUUAUCGCACCCAAGAAGGCACGCAUCGUGCAACAGCAAAAGCUCAAGAAGAACCUGGAGGUCGGGAUCCGGAAGAAGAUCGAACAUGAUGUGCUGGUGAAAGCCAGCACCAGCCUGCCCAAGAAGCUGGCGCUGUUGAAGGCCCCCACCAAACAGAAGGCAGCAGCCCCCGCCUCCUCCAAGACGCCUUCCUAAGGGGGCACCCAGCAGAGGCCAUCGCCACAGCCCUGUCUGUGCUCAGACCUGUGCAGGGAGGAGAGGCCGUGCUCCCCAGAGCCUUGGGUUGCGCCUCAAACUUUACUGUAGCCCUGGCCCGUGAGCACGUGAUCAGCAGGUCAGAAGUGCACUGGCUGGUUUCCCAGCGUGCCAAGCCCAGGCGAAGCGCAGGCCAAGGCCAGGAGGAUGCCUUCACCAACUUCCUGUGUCCCCCUACCCCUCCCCACAUCCUGUCUCCACUGGUUUAACCCGGAGCAAUAAACCUGACUUUGUCAUUCCUCCCACGGUCACAUGCUCCUGUGAGCGGGACGUGCUGGGGCCUGCGGCCAGGUUCCCCGACCAGGUCAUCCCCAGCAGUUUCCACAGGAGACUAGCCACGUGCCAGGGAAGGACGAAUGGGCUUCUGCACCUCCAGCCUGGGAGCCAGGGGAGAGUGUUCUUUCCUCCUGCCUUGGGUGACUCACCUACAUACCCUCCACGGACAUGCCUGUGUCACCCCCUCUGCCGGGGACCGGCCAGGCAGCCUAGUGAGUCACUUUCCCAUCUGCAGGACAGGUACUGACACCACCUUGUAGAGUCAAAAUGCCGAUUAAACCAGAAUGUGCUUAUA